AAAUCCAAAUUCAAACUAGAGUAAUGUUAAAUUCAAAGUUCACUCUAGACAGGCUCUGGCCUCUCCUUUGCUUCAUGCUGGUCAUCUGGCUGAGCCUGAGCAGCUCAGCCUUGGUGCAGGCCGCCGAUGGUGACGAUCAGGAGCUCAUCGCCUUUCCAUCGCAAUGCGAGUGCUCGCUGACCAUGACCUGCAAGUGCUGCGUGGGCGCAGUUUUUAAGGUCAUGGAUCUAAAUAAGACUCUUUGCAUGUCAUUCAAAAUAAACUUAUUCAAAGCCUCUGUUGAUGUGACUGUUACGCUGGAUAAUGAGCAAGUGUCCAAGUUUACGCUGGACUCCAAAACCACGCCCACUUUCUGUCUGCCCAUAAUAUCAGACCUAACGCCGAUGGCCAUUUGCCUGAAGAUGAGCACGAAGCUGUCGGGCCUGUCAAACAUCAACAUGUGCCCCAGUUUCUACAGCAGCUUCUCAGAUAACCAACUGCUGGCCUUUGAUUUCCCAUGCCUCAAACUGGGCACGGAUGGCUUGAGUUUUGCCUAAAGCAUUGUGCUGUGUAUGGACGUUGAAUAAAUGC